AUGCAUUUACCAAAUUUGAAUUCAAGCUCAAAUAAAGCAUUCAAGAAGAGUCCAUCUCAAGAUCCACCAUCUUAUAAUGAAUCAGUAUCUUCUUCUCCAAUAUCCUUGACUCCACAAAAUUCAAGAUCAAGAGUUCAUACUAUGAACAGUAUAGGCACAAGUUCGAGUACUUCAUUAUCAUCAGGAAAGAAGAAGAAAAAUGUACCAUAUAGACCAACUCCUGAACAACAAAGACAAAUCGAUUUAUUAACUAAUCCUUCUUCUUCUUCUUCUUCUUCGUCGUUGUCAUCACCACCACCAUUAUCAUCAUCAAGCAGAAAAAAAUCAUUAUCUAGUAAGAGAAAUGGUGAUAGUGGAUCAGCUACACCUGUUGCUGCACUUUCAACAGUUUCAAGUCAUGCACAAACAGAAUAUUUUGAUGUUUUACCAUCAUUUCAAAUGUUUCAAAGUAUUUUAAAAAGAGAUGAUCGUCAGUUUAGAGAAGAUUUAUCAAGUUUACCUCCAGUUUAUGGAGAUAUUACUAAUUCAUCACCUACUCCUCCAUCAUUAUCACCUCAACCAUCAAGAGAUGUGAAUAAUUCUACCAAUAGUACUAUUGAUGAAGUUGUUAAUAGAUUAAAUGAAUACGGAUUAGCUCAAGAAAGAGACGAUGCAGAAAAUGAUGAAUAUUUAUUUGAAGAUAAUGAAAAUAUUAAUCAUCAGAAUGGUAGAAAUGAAUUACUGCCAAUUGGAUCAAAUAUAAAUACUCAAGUUCAUAAUCAAAAUGUUGAUGUUACUCAUGAAACUUAUGGUCAUUCUCCACUUGAUAAUAUUGAUAAAUUACGUAAAUUACCUCAUUCUCCUAUUGAUAUUCAGAUAUAUGUGACUAAACAAAUCCCACAACCUAAUGUAACAAAUGAAUUAGAAACUAGAUUAAAAGAAUAUACUAGUGGUGAUUUUGUUAAUGGUUAUGUUACUGUUACCAACACUUCUGAUGAGCCAGUUCAAUUUGGAUUAUUUACUGUAUCAUUGGAAGGUACAAUUAAAGAAGUUGAAAGAAAUCCAAAUGCUGUUGGAUUAAAUCACAAGUUUCUGAAAAUUUUGAUGAAAAAAUUUUUAAAAAUGUAUGAUUUGAAUGCUUCUUAUGGUUAUGUUGCUGUUCCCAAUAGUGCAGGUAUUGAAUACGAAGUAUUUUCAAAUGAUGCAGCUGAUGGAACAAUCAUGGGUUUACCAGAUGAUAGAAUCUUACAACCUAAUGUGAAAUACAAGAAAUUCUUCACAUUUAAGUUUCCUCAUAGAUUAUUAGAUAAUGCUUGUGUUAAUUCAUUAUUACCACAUUUGUUACCACCACCAUCCAUGGGUGUAGAUAGAACUUGUUUUUACAAUAGAGGUGAAUCGAUACAAUUAAAUAAAGCUUUAGGAUAUGGAUUUUUGAACGUAAGAGGUACACCAUUAUUGACAAAAGAUUAUAGUUUUGAUGAUUUGAGUGUUUCAUAUACUAUUGAAGCUAAGUUUAUUGAUAGAUUGAAUUCAGAAGAACCAUUUUCUCAUGAUGAAAUUAAUAAAGAUGAUCAAGAAUCAGAAUAUGCAAUUUCUAAAAGUUCACAAUAUUUCCUUCGAUUUAUUCCUGAUUUAAAAGAACAAGUUGAAUAUUGUAAGAAAUUUCAUGUUGGUGGAUACCCAGUUAAUGGAGUUGGUGGGAAAUUUAUGCAACAAUAUUUGAAGAAAUUAACUUGGAAAGAUAUUCAAUUACAAAAUUUAAAAAUUGAACAUGAAAUUGAUGAAAAAUUGACUAAAAUGGAAUUCACGGCAGAUGAAAUAAAAGACAAGAAUUUAAUCAUUCAUGAUAAUAACAAUUCACCUUUAGAUCAUUUAGAUAUCAAGAGAUCAGGAGAUUUUGAUGAAUCAGAACCACAUAGGAAUUAUAUUCAUAAUAAAAUCCCAAUUGAAGUGUUUGGUAAAAAGAAGAAAAUGAUUUUAUCAUCAUUAGUUAAAAUUGGACAACUGACAAUGUAUGUUGAAGUACCAGAUCAAGUUAUACCAUAUUCAUCACCAAGAUUAUUAAUGAAAUAUAAUAAUGGAAGUCGAGAUGAUUUAACACCAGAAAAUUCUCUUCGACCAAGUAUAAGUCAUAUGGAUGAAUUAUAUAAUAGAAGUGAGGAAGAUUUGAUUGAUACUUUAAAAUUGAAAUUGGAAUUCAUUUCAUCUGAUUCAAAUAUCCGUGCACCUCAAAUACAAUCAGUAUAUACUAAUCUUGUCUUUUGGUCAUAUAGUUCUGAAUAUCCAUUACCAUUUGAAAUUGGGUAUGAUUUUUUCUAUACUAAUCCAGAAAAUCAAGAUGAAUUUAUAAGAGACCCAGUUGAAAUUACUAAGAAUAAUUUACAAAUUAUAAAAGAUCAAGUAUCUAACUAUAUAUCAUUUGUUAAAGACAAUAAGAUUUCAUUGAGUCGAGAUGGAUAUUUAUACUUGAAAGCAAUUAAAACAUUAGGUGUGAAAAAAGAUACCGUCAAGGAUUAUUUCCAAACUAUAGUUGAUCCAAAUAUAUUGAAUCAUGAAGGGGAUUGGAAAGUAAGACAAUUGAAUAAUAAAAGUUUCCAAUAUACUAAAGAUUUAGAAAUCCCAUUAAUUACGGUCAAUAAAAACAAUGUUAAUUUAUUACCAAGUUUCCAAAGUUGCUUAGUUGGUAGAAUAUACUGUUUACAAGUUGCCGUUAGAUAUAAAGGUACCAAUAACGAUCAAGAUGAAUAUGCUGAUAACAUAGUCAAAGUAGAUAUACCUAUUCUUGUAGGAUGA